UAGGGUUAAAUAUACCCCGUCGUUACUAAAGUAUGCAAAUAUACCCCUCUAUUUAACGGAAAUCCACACAAACUAACAUUUAAUUGAGAUGGAUUCCGCGCCACAUUUUUAUUGUUUUCCCCUUUCUUCUUUUUCUUUUCUUAUUCACAAUUUUGUGCUUGGUUUUCUUAGUUACUGUCAGCUUUGCUGCUGUUAUGUCCAUUUUUGCUGCUGUUAUGUCCUUUGCUUAUUCUUUCAUUGGACUUGGUCUCUCCAUUGCCAUGAUUGCAAAGGAAGGAGUACGUGCAAACACAAGCUUUACAGGGACAACAGUCAGCCCAUGUUUGGAUUUGUAGAGGGGUGGAGCAAACAAAAAUGGCCAGAAAGCAAAUUCAUAACCAAAGAAUACAUUAUUAACCUUUCACCCUUGGGAUUGUUCAAUUUCAAUUUUUACAAGCUCGUGUGGAGAACUGCAUAUGUGGAAUUCACAACCAUACUAGCCAUGUUAUUGCCAUUCUUCAAUGAUUUUCUCGGUCUUCUGGGAGCAGCCUCAUUUUGGCCACUUACUGUCUAUUUCCCCAUUUCAUUCAGAUCUGCUGGAUCUGUUCAAGGCCUUAUCCAUUCUGUCCAGAAAUACUGUGAAGAAGAGAAGAAAAAGAAGAAAGGGGAAAAGAAUAAAAAUGUGGCACUGACUGGCAUGUCGUGUGGAGUUCAUCUCAGCUAAAUGUUAGCCCGUAUGGACUUCCGUUAAAUAGAGGGG